GCUGGGGCCCGACUGAGACCGAGAGACAGGAGCGGCCAAGGCGCUUUACCUCAGCUGAGGAAGCAACAGCCGCCUCCGCCGCCGCCGCGGACUGACCUUACGGCCAGGCCGCUCGAGAUUUUUAGAGCUCGGAAUAAACAACGGAUAAAAAUGGGCAGAAUCUUCCUCGAUCAUAUCGGUGGGACUCGGCUGUUCUCCUGUGCGAACUGUGAUACGAUCUUGACCAACCGCUCAGAGCUCAUCUCCACUCGCUUCACGGGGGCCACUGGAAGAGCUUUUCUCUUCAACAAGGUAGUUAACCUUCAGUACAGUGAAGUUCAGGAUCGCGUUAUGCUCACCGGACGCCACAUGGUUCGAGAUGUGAGCUGCAAAAACUGCAACAGCAAACUUGGCUGGAUCUAUGAGUUUGCCACGGAAGACAGCCAGCGUUAUAAGGAAGGCCGAGUGAUUCUGGAGCGGGCUCUUGUCCGAGAAAGCGAGGGCUUUGAAGAGCAUGUACCCUCUGAUAACUCUUGAAGAGAAAAAGCUUGCCAUCUUUUCCCAGGUCUCCUUCACUGAAACAGAAAAAAAAAAUCUACUUACAUACACUGUCACCUUAGCAUCAGAGUCGGAUUCAUGAACUGUGGAACAAGAGGUGGAGAGAAUUGGAAGUGGAACCUUUCUUUUUUUUUUUUUCUAACUUUAUAUUUUCCAUCCAGCAGCUGUGUGUAGAGGGAGUAUUAUGCAGAUGCCAUUAUCUUUUUUUUUCCUUUUCUCUUACGUUUUACAUCUUUAAGCUGAAUAGUGUAUCUGCAGCUAUAUGGUGGGUUGAAAGGGAAAACAAAUCUGGGCUAAUAGAGUGAAAUCAGUGUUUUUUAGUGUGAACUUUGGAGGUAAAAUAGAAGUCAAGUAUGGUUUUUAAGCUUCUUUGGGGGACUUAAUUUUAAUUAAAAAAACAAACAAACCCAGUUAUUUCACCUGAUUUGCUAGCUUCAGAUAAGAGAUCCGAAUUUGUGACCAGCGCUAAAGGUUCAGUGUUAGUGUGGCUCGUGCUGGCCAUUGUGCCAUAUUCUUGUGGGGGUUGAACAGUAGCACAGAGCCCAUUCUUCCUUGUCAGUCUUGGCCCAAAGGCGUUACCAUUGCUAGUUACUUGUCACCACAUACUUGGUGUUGAUUGGAAACUUUUCAGAAAUGGGGCAGAACUGCUUGGUUGUCCUUUUCUCCAUGUAACUUAAGCAUAAUAAUAUAAAUAAAGAAAUAGUUGGAUGUU